GAAACACACACACACAUUCAUACCACACAGGGCAGUACUGAUCUCCUGGUUCUGAUGCAGUUGAUUGUGUUGGAGAUGUUGCCUCUUCUAAUCUCCUUCCUGUCUGCAGAUGCCUGCCAGCUCACACUGGACCCCAACACAGCAAACAGAGAGCUGUCUCUAUCUGAGGGAGACAGGAAGGUGAUAUGCACACCGGGGAGAGAGCAGCCAUAUCCUGAUCACCCAGAGAGAUUUGACUCCAUAUGGCAGGUGCUGUGCAGAGAGGGUCUGUCUGGGGCUCGCUGUUACUGGGAGGCUGAGUACAGUGGGGUGGGUGUGAUUGCAAUUGCGUAUAAAGGAAUCAGCAGGAAAGGAGGAUGGGGUUCUGACAGCAGGUUUGGACGCAAUGACCACUCCUGGAGUUUGUGCUGCAGAGGUGACGGGUUCUGUCCAUGGCACAAUAAUAACCGCAAUUUCAUACCCGCCCCUUCCUCCCACUCCGGCAGAGUAGGAGUGUAUCUGGACUGGCCGGCCGGCACUCUGUCCUUCUACAGAGUCUCCUCUGACACUCUGACCCUCCUGCACACUUUCCACACCACAUUCACUCAACCCCUCUAUCCUGGGUUUAGAGUUUGGAAUGGCGCCUCAGUUUCCCUAUGCAUGCUUGGAUAGACUCCUGUAUCCUGGAGGAGUUGAUGGGAUGUUAUUCACUGUUGUCAUGACUACAUAAAU